AUGGCUGCUAAUUCUUUAGCGAGGAGUUUCGUGUUCUGCUGCAAUCAAAGAUCAUACCUUUACCACUUCCCCAUUCUUCUUCGUUCUCGCGCCAUCCAGCGCCGCCACCCUUAUCUAUGGCGGCUUUCAUUACGCUAUUCUUCAACUCAAUUUGUCCAAGAAUCGACUGACGGGGACGCCGCAGAUGUAAGGAGUAGGCUCAACGUGGUGAACAUUCUCGAAGAGAGAGGCCUCCUGGAGUCCCUCACCAGCGAUUCUCUCAGGACCGCCUGUUCUGAUCCCAGCCACCCUCCCCUUAGGGUGUACUGUGGGUUCGACCCUACUGCUGAGAGUCUCCAUUUGGGUAACCUCCUUGGUAUAAUAGUCCUUUCUUGGUUCCUCCGAUGUGGGCAUAAGGUUGUUGCUCUUGUAGGUGGUGCCACAGGUCGCGUAGGAGAUCCCUCCGGCAAGAGCCUUGAGCGGCCCGAGCUUGACCUUCUCGCCUUGGACAGGAAUGUUUCUGGGAUUUCGACUACUAUUAGCCGGAUUCUGGGUCGGAAUCACGGAGCUAAGUGUUUUGCUAUUUUGAAUAAUUACGACUGGUGGAAGGAUGUUAAGCUGUUGGAUUUUCUCAAGGAUGUAGGGAGAUUUGCGAGGAUGGGUGUAAUGAUGUCGAAAGAGAGCGUGCGGAAGAGGCUCGAAUCGGAGCAGGGAAUGAGUUACACUGAGUUCACAUACCAGUUACUGCAGGGCUACGAUUUCCUUCGACUUUUUCGAGAUGAAGAUGUUAGUGUUCAGAUUGGAGGGAGUGAUCAGUGGGGUAAUAUCACUGCAGGAACAGACCUUAUUCGUCGAAUUCUUCAGGCAGAAGGAUCCUUUGGGCUCACAUUCCCUCUUCUCCUCAAGAGUGAUGGGACCAAAUUUGGCAAAUCAGAGGAUGGUGCCAUUUGGCUCUCCCCUUCUCUCUUGUCCCCUUACCAGUUCUAUCAGUAUUUGUUCUCCGUCCCUGAUUCGGACGUUGUGAGGUUUCUAAAGAUUCUUACUUUUUUGAGCAUGGAGGAGAUUGCGCAGAUUGAAAGGGAAAUGCAGGAGCCGGGCUAUGUCCCCAACACUGCUCAGCGCAGGCUCUCGGAGGAGGUCACUCUUUUUGUCCAUGGUGAAGAAGGUCUUGACGAGGCGCGCAAGGCUACUGAAGCCUUAAGACCGGGGGCAGAAACCAAAUUGGAUUGGAAAAUCAUCGAGGCCAUUGCUGAGGAUGUUCCGUCCUGCUCCUUACCUUAUGAUAAAGUCUUGAAUAUUUCUCUCUUGGACCUCACUAUCUCUAUCGGUUUGCUUGAGAGUAAGUCGGCUGCACGUCGUUUGCUCAAGCAAGGGGGUCUUUACUUGAAUAAUAGUAGAGUUGAUAGAGAAGCAAAGAAGAUUGAGGCUGAUGACAUUGUUGAUGGCAAAGUAAUCCUUUUAUCGGCUGGGAAGAAGAACAAAAUGAUAGUGAGAAUAGCUUAA